AUGUCCUCUCCAAACUCUAGUCCCGAUUCCAAUGGAACCACUCAUCAAGCUCACUCUUUACCGAAGCAGAAGCUCGCGGCACUUGCUCGUCUCAAAUCUUUCAGUGGAAGUUUCAUUCAGCCGAGGAAAACAUCUCCACCAGUAUUUCCACCACCAUCAUGGGAGUUGAGCGACGAACUUCUCGGAUCUUACAGAUCAUCUCCUACACUUCUAGAAUCCAACUUUGAGGACCCUCCCCCUGUCGAAGUGGUAUCGUUUGCACAGCGAUUGAGAGGUCUGAUUGAAUCCCUACCUCUCCCCGCCGCACUCUCGCCUUCAUCAUUAUCUACUCAGUCAGGAUCACACACUGCCGAAUGCCAGCCGGACGAUAGGAAAUUAGGUUCGCCAGUCCCUCCUGGUAUGGACGAAGGUUUAGUUCGCAUGCUUUCAUCCGAAGAUAUCAUGAAUGGACAGAAAAAUUCAGCUUCGACGGCCGAUAGCAGUAGCAGGCCCAGCGUCUGGAACAUCUUGGCCAGCUUGAAGAACAGCAGCGGGAAGGAUGGAAGCACGGAGCCACGGCGCGGUGCAGUUGAAGAGCAAGAAGACGGUGUCAUGAUGUACGCGCCAUUGGAACCGAAAUCAGAUUCUCAGCUCGAACUUGCAUCCUCGGAAACUAUUCUGGAAUACGUAGAAGAACCCGGCUCAAGGAAAAACCGCAAGCCAAAUGAAACAUCUGGAGCGAAAGAUCAGACCGGGGGAUCGACAAGUACACUUGGGGAGGGAUCUAAAGCAGCAACUAUCGAGAAACACGUAUGGGUACCGUCGACGGUCCAGUUGUCCUUGCUAACUACAUGGUGGGGGUACCGAUUGUAUCUGCCCCCUCCUGUCAUGGCCAAGUUAGAUAAUACUUCUCUCAAGGCGACUGCUCGCGCUGCAAUGAUUACUACAGCGUUGAAAUGGCUUCUUGAUAAAAUCCCUAUUAUGCUUGUGCCACCACAAUUCAGGCCUGCAGUCAAAAUGCUCAAACAACUGAGUCCGGUCGUUGGUUACAUCGGUGUCUUUAUUGCCUGGAGCUGGGAUCGCGUACGCGCGUGCGAUAAAGGUAACGGUGUAGUCUUAACCGCAACCUGGCUUCUCCCUGUAGCCCUCAUACCUAUGUCUUGGGAUGCUGGAGACAUAUAUGGUCCUCGCCCCCCACUUAAACCUGAAGAGAUAACCGGAGAGGUUCAUACUGAACCCCCCUCUACCAAGAACGAGUCGGGUGAAAAGGAAAAAUCGAAAGAGAAGAAGAAGUCGCUAUUUCGGUGUCUAAAAAAAUUUCCUUACGUCUCUAUGAAUCUACUCUGGGGCUUCAAGUACUUUGCCCCACCGCAGCCUCUAGAGGGAAUGCUUAUCUGUCGAAGCAAUUACCCCACAAUUGAAUUCGAGAGUUUCUACUCUAUCAUCACCAGCGGUGCUCGUCUUCCAAGGCUAUCCGUCACGCUUGCCAUCUACAAUUCAAAGACAAGAAAGAAAGGAAGCGCCGAGGGAUACAGCUCGGAAAAACAGAGCAUGGGUCGUGCCUGCAAGAUCCAUUUGGCAGUCGGUCCACCUUUCGACGUGCUCGAUCGUAAACAAGCAAUUGUUAUGGAGGAUUUGCGCCCGUUCUAUGGAUAG